AUGACAUUCCUUCGCUACCCUCUCGCUCUUCUCACCUGCACCGCCCUAGUGGUCACCUCUGCUCAAAUGAGCGGCGCGUACUCGAAAAAGGAAAUCACCCAAGAGGAUAUGGAUGUGCUCCACAAGGCCAAGAUCAACGAGAACACGUUCAACUAUGACGUCAACGCCCGCAUCUGCUACCUGAACGUCGAAAGUCUCGAGACUCAAGUUGUGUCCGGCACCAACUACAAGUUUCUCGUGUCGGGUUGCAACAUCAACUCGGAAGAGCUGGGCCCAUGCAGCAACGCCAACUGUGAGGCGUCCAAAUUCGACAUUGUCAUCUAUUCGCAACCGUCGACCAACACGCUGGAGCUAACUUCGGUUACGCUCGUGAAUUAG